AUGAACAUUUCGAACGCCAGUGAUGACACAGUUCAGAUGCCUCAAUGGUUCAUUGAUCCCAACAAAACCGAAAGCUCCUAUCCAAUUUUGCACGAAAUCGGCCGAAAAGUCCAUGCGAUUCAAGCUUCGGAAGCAGAUGUAGAAAGAUCUUUUUCAAUCAUAAAAAACUUGUACACACCAAAUCGUCAGAGCCUGGACUUAAAAAUGCUGGAAAAGUUUAUGAUUCUCAAAGAAAAAGAUCGAUUCAACACAGGCGAGACUUGA